AAGAGCGAUUAAUUAAAAAUAAUUUAUGGCAGACAAAGAAAUUCCAAAAAAAUUGUAGGGCUUUCUCCCUCUCACUGCAAAAAAAAGAGUUCGAAUUUCAGACCCGGCGGACCUUUGCCGGAUAAUAUUUCGGAGCUUUAUUUCUCAGUUCUCAUGCUCUCAUCAUUUGAUCCGCACAAACUCAAAUUUACCUAUUAGUUUUAGCUGAAAACAGGUUCGAUUCUGGAAUUGUUUAUAAGCAGACAAUCGAGCUUCUAGUCUGAAAUUGAGAAUAAUGGUGAAAUCUGGUAAUAAUAAGCCUCAUAAUCUUCAAGAAGAAGAGUACGAUGAAGCUGACGAUUACGAUUCCUCUUCUUACAGAGGAGAAACAGGGAAAGGAGAAGGUAAAAGAAGUGAGCAACACAAGUCCAAUAAUUCCAAUGCGAAUAGUAGGUCUAAGCAUUCCGAGACUGAGCAACGUAGGCGGAGCAAGAUUAAUGAGAGGUUCCAGAUUUUGAGAGAAAUUAUUCCUCAAAAUGAUCAGAAAAGAGACAAGGCUUCAUUCUUGUUAGAGGUUAUAGAGUACAUUCAGUUUUUACAGGAAAAGUUACAGAUGUAUGAAGGGUCGUACCAGGGCUGGGGUCAGGAGCCAACAAAAUUGAGGCCUUGGAAAAAUCACCAUUCUCCUGUUGAGGAUCUAGUGGAUCAUUCUCAAGUGUUGAAGAAUGGUUCUGCUCAUGAGACCACUGCCAUGCUCACAGAUAUACUUAACCCGAUUGAAUCUGACAUGGGAACUGCUGCAGUUCCCUUUAAUUUGCAAUCACAUUCAAAUAUGUUUGCUACUGAUGUGAGGGGUGGAGUCACUACUCAGCCUGUCCAAGAAUCUGUUUCUGUUUCUGAUGCUGAUAACAUGGCAUACCAACUUCGAUCACACAUGUGGCAGUGUAGACCAUGUCCUAAUGAGUGUGUUGCUCCAAGCAAUAUGAAUAGACAACAGGAACCAACUAGUGAAAGUGGAUCAGAUAGAAACUCAAGAACAUAUUCUCAAGGGAUAUUGGAUAAUCUGACCCAAACUCUGCGAUCUUCGGGCGUAGAUUUGUCACAGACAAGCAUCUCGGUGCAAAUUGAUGUUGGCAAGCAAUUAAAUACUGUAUCUGCUCUUACAGCAUCAAGUUCAAAGGAUCAAGAAAAUCGAUACCUAAACAGUCAAUUGAUGGAACAAACUGUUUUUGAGAGUUGCAUGGAAGACUCUGAUCAGGCUCAUAAGAGACUGAGGACACAAAAGAUCUAGUUUAUUCAUUCUGGUUUCAUUUUCGCCUGUUUGAUUUCUCAAUUUUGGUCCUUAUUUGAAAAUGGUACCAACCCUAGAUCAGCUGUACAUGGUUUCUACUCUUCGGUUUGCGCGGUGGCUUUGUUUUUAGGUGAGGGAAAGCAUAAGUUGUAAUUGAAAGUGUUAUAUAUUCUUUUGUUUAUAGCUCUUAUUUUAGAUACACUUCCAUGCAUAUAAUGAGAAGCUUAUUUAUCUUCCAA